UCCUGUGACUCCAGUCAGGUGCUGCCCUCCCUUCCUUUGGGUUGGACCCUCUCCAUUUUUGCCCUCCAUCCAGAGGACUUGGAGCACACAAAGGGAGCUCCUCUGCGUCCAGAGGCUGGAGAGAGCUGAGGAGGGAGACAAUGGCUGGAGGGGAGAGAGGAGGAGGAGGUGGUAGUAGUAGUAGUAACACCACCACCACCAUCUCCACCACGGCUCCCACCAGUAGCAGCGGCUCCGGGGCCUCGGAGAGCCGGGAGCACCUCUUCAAGGUGCUGGUGAUCGGGGAGCUGGGCGUGGGCAAGACCAGCAUCAUCAAGCGCUACGUGCACCAGCUCUUCUCCCAGCACUACCGGGCCACCAUCGGGGUGGACUUCGCCCUCAAGGUCCUCCACUGGGACACCCGCACCCUGGUCAGGCUCCAGCUCUGGGACAUCGCAGGUCAAGAACGAUUCGGCAAUAUGACCAGAGUGUACUAUAAAGAAGCUGUAGGUGCUUUUGUAGUAUUUGAUGUUACAAGAGGAUCAACAUUUGAGGCAGUUUCCAAAUGGAAACAUGACUUGGACAGUAAAGUGCUUCUGCCAAAUGGCAGCCCAAUCCCUGCAGUUCUCCUUGCCAACAAAUGUGACCAGAAGAAAGACAGUGGCCCAAAUCCUUCUCAGAUGGAACAGUUCUGCAAAGAUGGAGGUUUUGCUGGGUGGUUUGAAACUUCUGCUAAGGAUAAUAUCCAUAUAGAUGAAGCUGCUCGGUUCUUGGUUGAAAACAUUCUUGCAAAUCUCAAAACCUUUCCUAAUGAAGAGAAUGAUGUGGGAAAACUAAAACUGGACUCAGAUCCCCUGAAAGCAGAGAGUAAAUUUCAGUGCUGUUAAUUACAGUUUUAUCUUGCAUUGACAUACCAUGAAAGAGCAGCAAGGGUGGUUGCUCUUCAUGUUGGACAGCUACUGUGGUGCUCCCAUGUGACAAUCCUAGUGAGGUAUUGUUGCUUUUGAGUUGGUGACACUCCAGGGUGUUUACACUUUUUUUUCUUAUCAAGCAGGACUUCAAUAUUGCCUUAUACAUCAGGUCUGUGUUUGUGAACUAUGUAGCACAGUCUCAAAGCUUGUGUCCAACUACAACAACAAAAAGGUAAUUAUCUGCCAGGAAGCAGUUGAGGGCAAAAGUCAGUAUGACUUUGCCCCAGCUUUUGUCAUUCACAGUGCAAUUUCAGUACGGAAAUUGUCAUUCUGAAUUGAAGUGUUCAUUUUGAUAAGCACUAUUUUUCCUUGUUGCUUGUUUCCCUUAUAAUAUACCCAAUUUCCAUUUGCCUUUCUUCUGCCUCAUUCAAAUCUCCAUUCAGUAACAGGAUGCCAGCACAAACUUUUUGUGAGACACCUGGCAACCCCCAAACUCUUUAUUUUUGAAUAACACAGGACUACUAUUAAGUGAUGGAAGCCAUUCUUGUCUAAAGUGCCUUUUAAAAUAUGUAAGAAUGGAUUGCUUGGAAAGUAAGAACACAAAGAUUAAGCUGGUGUAAGAAUAUUAGUAAUAUCCAUCUGACAUAUGAGUAACAAAUAAUUUCUGUUUCUCACAUUCAGAUAAUGGAAAUAAUGCAAACUUUAGUACUUUUGUACAUGGUAAGUAAUAUUAUACCCAGUUAAAUCUUAAAGACAAGUUAAAUUUUCUUGCACAAGCACAAUAAUCUUUCAGAAAUUCUUAAAUUCUUGGGCCAGAACUAACUAAUGUCCUUGAUUAAAUGGUCGCGUUGUUUUAUGAAACCAGACUGUUAAACAGAAUAUUGGUGGCUUUUCCUUAUUUUAUUGGUUGUGGUGUUGGUAAAGACCUUUUCUCAGUCAUGGUGCUUUUGGAAUACAUGUAUCUCGCCACUUAUUUUUUUGACACAAGGAUUCAAAGUAGAUAAUGGUGUCAUAUCUUUUAUUCACCAGAACAACAUCUAAAUGUGUAAUGUAUUCUUGGUUUAUAACUAUUGUUACCAGCCUUAAGGUUGUAAAAAUAUGAAAAUGAUUUAAUGUAUCUAUUUUGGGCAGGGGGGUUAACUAUUUCUGAUGGUACCUGUGGAAGUGUGUAGGAAAGUCUUCUGAGAAAUACAUUCAUUAAUUGCAUGCUUCUGUUAAACCUGCUUUAGUAAGGUUUUAAAUCUGCACAUUAUUCUAGUCUGCCAUAGCCUACCAACUGCUACAUAUCCUGAAAUAUGUUAGUCCAAACUUUCUACAGGUUUAAACUGGACCAUACAUUUUUAUGUGCCUGAUGGUAGAUGUAAUGCCAUAUAAGUGGGAUUUGUUUGUUUGUUUUAAAAAUAAAGAUCUAGAGAUUUUAUAUGAUACAUUUUGGCACUUUGUCACUUAAAAAAAAUUCCAAAGACCACAUCUCAUUCUUGCUAGUCUUUUGUUCUAGGCCUUCAUUACCUUUGCUGAAAGCCCCCUAAGGUCCAGCAUCUUUUAAUUGUGAUUUGCCUAACAGUUCUGCCAUUCCUGUUUACUUUUUUAUUUAAAAUAAAGAAAAUGCUACUGGAACACAUUGAGUGCAUACUCUGCAUUGAACACAAGUAACUCAUGGUGUUUGUUUGUUUUAAAAAUCAAACUGUAUGCUUUAUAAAAGAAAAUAAAUACAUACACUAUGAAAGCUA